CAUGCAGAAUUAACCGUAUGACCACAUUAAUUGAUAAAUUGCUGUUGUAUGAAUCUGCUAGGCUGAGUCCAGUCGAGAUCGCCUUUUUGGAGGAGUAUGCCAAAACCAUGGGACCACUCGCCAAGGCCCUCAACAUUCUGCAAUCCGAAGCAGACGUUCAGAUGGGAUGGCUCCUACCUACUUUGACGCUCCUCAUCACUAAGCUUCACAAAAUCCGCACUAGUUGCAGAUAUUGCAAACCAUUGGUGGAUGCUGUCCAAGAGGGCCUGCAGCGACGCUUUGAAGACAUGCUUCUGGAACCAGAAUUUAUUGCUGCUGCUAUCCUUGUCCCAAAGUUUAAAACAUCGUGGACCUCUGAAGAAAACGUCAUAAAACUAGGCCUGGACUACAUUAAGGACCAUCUGGAGGAAGACCCUUCACAUCAAUCGCCAGCUAAUGGCUCCAGUGCAUCAGAUGAUGAGGACUUCUUUGCAAGCAUGAAGACAUCUGAUGGUCAGGAAAAUAUUAAACAAUUAGAAGGCUACCUUGCCUCAAAGGUAGACCACAAGGAUAUAUUGAAGUCGUACCCUGUAGUGUGUAAGUUAUCUCUUAAACUUAACACCACUUUACCAGCUUCAGCCGCUUGUGAGCGCCUAUUUAGCACAGCUGGGCUGAUUUUUAGUCCACGGCGGGCAAGGCUGGAUGCAAAAAAUUUUGAGAACCAGCUCCUCCUGAAGCGAAAUAAGAAAUAUUUCAGCUUUAGUAAAUAA